AUGCCUCACAACGAUGAGCAGUCCUCCAUUAACAACGACGCCAUACCUACCCCUCCUCCCAAUUCCUCUUUUCACCCUGCUUAUGCUGUCACCAACAUCAAGAACCUAUUGCCAGUCACAUCAGAUCAAGAGGAAGGUCAGUAUGCUACUUGGGUUGAAUUAUUUCAGAUUCACGCAUGUGCCUUUACCGUACUGGACCAUAUAGAUGCCUCUGUUCCUCGUCCUUCUGGGAUUGAUUCUGCAACCUGGAACCGACUUGAUGCUAUAGUCAAGCAAUGGAUAUAUGGCACGAUCUCUAGGGAUCUUGUGAACACCAUCAUGAAGCCCGGUGCAUCUGCUCUUGAAUUGUGGAAUCGGUUGAAAGAGAUAUUCCACGAUAAUAAACACACCCGCGCCGUAUACUUGGAGGAACAAUUCACCAAUACUCAAUUGGAGAAUUUUGUAAAUAUGGCUGAAUAUUGCAAACACAUCAAGCUCUUAGCCGAUCAAUUAGCCAAUGUUGAUCGGCCUGUCACUGAUAGUUCUAUGGUCUUGCAGCUUAUCAAGGGGUUGCCAAAGGGGGAGUAUGACACCCUUGCUGUCAUGAUUCAGCAGGCAGACCCCAUACCGAGCUUUAAUAAGGCCCGGUCUCAAUUCCUUUUGGAAGAAACGAGAAAGGCGAAGCAAGACGAGCAAUCCCAGCAUGCGUUGGUUACCCAGUCCGCCUCGGCAUCCUCUGGAACAUCACAUCACGCACCCUCACCACAAGCCCCACCUCAGAAGCAGCCUCGUGGUGAUGCUCGCGGUGCUGGGCAUGGCCGUGGGAAACCAAACAACAAAGGUGGGAAAGGGCGUGGAAGGGGCAAGGCAAAUCAAUCCACCCCGGGUUCCCAACCUCAGCAACAGUGGCAGCAUUCGCAAGGCCCUCCGCAGCAGUGGGCUGGCCCAUAUACAUGGCAGCAACCCCAGCCCAAUCAGUGGGCCUCUCCACUGUAA